CCUGCUUUGGGUACACCCUAUACCAUAGGGUUUGAUGUCGGCCUUUGUUUUGCAUUGAGGUUGCAAAACAUUAAGAGAUGAAUUGAUACAUUAAAAACCCCAUGUAUUGAAUAGUGUUCAUCAUAAUAGCUACUUAUAUCUCUUUCAAGGCUUACUGUUUUUCUCACCGAAGCUUUUAUUGGUGAUAAUACGGUGUUAUCGAAACGCGGCCUUGCACGUCUGACGGAAAUAAACGACCUACGGUAUCAACUCGUCUGUGUGUGUUUUUUUUACAAACCCAGUAUUCCUGAACACAUCACAGAGGGACAAUGAGUGAGCUGGAACAGUUACGGCAGGAAGCAGAGCAACUACGCAAUCAAAUCCGGGAUGCUAGGAAAGCCUGUAGUGACUCCACUCUUUCACAGAUCACAGCUGGUCUGGACUCAGUGGGCCGGAUACAGAUGAGGACGCGGCGUACUCUCAGGGGCCACCUCGCCAAGAUCUAUGCAAUGCACUGGGGCACCGACUCCAGGUUACUUGUAAGCGCCUCCCAAGAUGGUAAAUUAAUCAUUUGGGACAGUUACACAACUAACAAGAUGCAUGCCAUCCCGCUGCGCUCCUCCUGGGUGAUGACCUGUGCCUACGCGCCCUCUGGGAACUACGUGGCGUGCGGAGGCCUGGACAACAUCUGUUCUAUCUACAGCCUGAAGACCCGCGAGGGAAAUGUGCGCGUCACCCGCGAGCUACCCGGACACACAGGCUAUUUGUCUUGCUGUCGUUUCCUGGAUGACAACCAGAUUGUCACUAGUUCCGGGGACACAACCUGUGCUUUAUGGGACAUCGAGACGGGUCAGAUGGCCACUAGCUUUACGGGCCACACUGGGGACGUGAUGAGCCUGUCCCUCAGUCCAGACUUCAAGACCUUUGUGUCGGGGGCCUGUGACGCCUCCUCCAAGCUGUGGGAUGUCCGGGACGGCAUGUGCAGGCAGUCCUUCACUGGCCACGUGUCCGACAUUAACGCUGUCUGCUUCUUCCCCAACGGCAACGCCUUCACCACGGGCUCGGACGACGCCACCUGCCGCCUGUUCGACCUGCGCGCCGACCAAGAGCUGAUGAUGUACUCGCACGACAACAUCAUCUGCGGCAUCACCUCAGUGGCCUUCUCCAAGAGUGGCCGUCUGCUGCUGGCCGGCUACGACGACUUCAACUGCAACGUGUGGGACACCCUCAAGGCCGAGCGUGCAGGUGUCCUGGCCGGUCACGACAACAGGGUGAGCUGUUUAGGCGUGACAGACGACGGCAUGGCUGUAGCCACGGGCUCAUGGGACAGUUUCCUCAGAAUCUGGAAUUAAACCCUCCAGCUCACGUCCUCCUCCCCCCCUCCACCAUCCCACCCACCCAUACUACUGGGCUGGACUUGAGGGUGAACACUGUCUCCCACCACCACCUCCCACCUUCCACCCGUCCAAUCCACAGCCGGCACCGCUGGGAGAAAGAAAUAACUCUUUCUACCUUUUCCAGGUGACAUUUUUUUUUACCCACCAAUUAAAACCACAGAGCUCUCAGUACCCACCGUUAGAAUGGCCAAUCAAAAAACACAAAAAUUCCGAAACGAGAUGAAGAAGAAAAAAAAGAGAAAAACCCCCCAAACCCUCGCAUCCCCUCUUGUUUUUGGAUGGGGGGGCUCUAGAGCGCAUGUUACCGUGGUUACCGCCAAAUUAGAGGACAGUCCGUGUGUAAAAUGUAUAUAUAAAUACAGUAUAUAUGCAUAGCAUUAUGUGUGUGUGUGUAUAUAUAUGCAUAUAU